AUGCCCCGACCGGUCGAAAUGUACACUGGACUGUCACGAAAAUGGAUAAUCCCGCUCAACUUCGUGUUCAGCUUUGGAUGGGCAUUGGAGCUAGUGACACAUCUGGAAGAGCUGGCAUUCUGGCUAUACCUUCUGCACCAGAAUCCAGACAAGGGGGAGUGGUUUGAUAGCUGGGAAUACCGACUAUGGUAUUGCGGCAGCAUUAUUGCCAUCAUCGGCAUGCCGCUCACUUGUAUGAUUACUCGAAGAGAUCUUGAAACGGUCGACGCAUAUAUCUUUUUGUCAGGCUCAGCAGGAUCGCUAUGUACAACAGUUGUAUUUCUAUAUGUGCUCUGGUGGUUCCCAAACUUCAUCCGGCAUGUGAAAUCGGAAGGUGCAGAUCCGAGCGUCGUCGUGCGCCUCGCGACGUUUUUACAGCUGAACCUCGCUAGAGUGGUCUUCCGAUUUUUAUUCACGAUACCAUUGCUCAUGCUAGCACUGGAUGGUAUCAUUGGGCAUAGUCAUCCGCUUAAUGCGAAUAUGUUUUCAGCAGACUUUCUCUUUAUGAUCGGUGGAAUAGGCUGUUUUGUAUCAUCAGCCAUCACACUACUUAUCUUCUUCCCUCGUUCUAUUAUCCGAGAAGAGGGCUAUAAACCUAAGCAGUCUUCCACGAUCCCAAAUACGCCCAAAAGCACACCGGUGACCCCUUUGCCGUCAAUGUCGGCACCAUUCUCUGUCGCAUCGUCCCACUUCCCCCGGCCCGUCAUCUCACCAAGUCACUGGGAUGGCGAGUCGGCACUGGCGUCCAUGCCGGACGAGUCGACGCUUGAGGUAGAUUUGAUUCAAUCAUAUCACCUCCAUUUGGAUGAGGAGGCGGAAGGUGAUGACCACGAUGAGAGCCAGGCGCCACCCUAUCAUUCACGAUCUCAAUCGCAUCCAGUCACCCACACACGAUCCGAAACGGGCGUGUCGCAUGCACACUCACCAUCGCAAGCGCAGGCACAGUUACACCAACGACACCCAUUCCCGCAUUCGCUAUCGAGCCCGCAAAUUCUGUCUCCUCCGUCGUCUCCGGCUGUACGGGUUACAGUGCCUCCGCCUGCGCGAUUGCCACACUUUGGCUUUGCACAAGAGCAGGGUCUGGGGCGUGCGCCUACGGUGCAGGGAUGGCUGGAAGAUCCGGCGCCGCGUGCACAGCGGCGAUUUUCGGUACCGAGAGGGACGGCAAGGCCAUCGAGUUCGGUUGUGGCACAGCGACAACACCAACAUCACAGGGCGGCGUCGGCGUCGAGGCUGCAUCCGUAUGUCAUGACGUUCACGUCCCCAAUCGAUCUUGUCGAUUUAUCAACACCAGAAGAAUUUGACACCUCGCCUACUUGA